CGCCUCGCUCUCAGCCUUCCCAGGGUUCACCGAGCGCGGCGGCGUGGCCCCACCCCGUCUCUAACCCAACGCUUGCCUGGUCGCUGUCUCAAUGUAGGUUCCUGUUCUCGGAAAACGGAGAGAACAGAAAAAAAAGAAUACGCUUCAAGAAGAAGAAGAAAAAGAAGAAGAAGAAGAAUUGCUUCUUCUUCGCGUCAUUUUUUUUCGCCUUCCAAGGAGCGUAGCGGAGUAGGAGGAGAAGGAGGAGGGCGGCCUCGGUUCUGCUACGACUAGCUAGCUUUGUGGUGCUAAUUGGUUUAUGUGUGCAUUUAUGUUGCUUUUCCGCCGGAUUUAAAUGCAAAUGCUAGUCUAUUAUCGCGUUGUUUAUUUCAGCCAAUAUCGCAACCAUGGAGGACAAAUAUGCAUGUAUGUGUACGAGCGUGCGUGAGCGUGCACGUACAGGCCUCAUGUAGGCUUCUCCAAAAGCCCAGUCUUUUGACAGCCAGCUGCUUUACCCCCACCACUACCACCCCCUAAAAAAACAACAAACCUGGCGACUCUUAAUCUCAUUUUUUGGUUGUAAUUGUCCAUGUUGGGGAUUAUUUGAAUUCCAUACAGGAGGGGGAAGUGUCGCGUUUGCGAUUUGUUGUGAUGUGAGCGGUUGAUAAUAACCCCAAAAGACAGUGGGCACGCAUUUGAGAUGAUUGUUUUUUGGAAGGAGAAAACCACAAAAGCGAGAUAAAAUACAGAAGACUGAAUUCGGAUCCGGCGAUCCAGAAAGCAGCUCACGGACUCGGCCGGCUGCCGAGAAGUGGUCCGGAAGCAAUGAAAAUAUCACACAUGUAGCUCGUUUUGGGUGUUAUUCAUUGACUUCCUGCUGGUGGACUGGAUCCCCCACCACCACCAACUCACCCACUUAACCACAACACCGAACCAGUUGGACCUGUAUUUUUUUUAUUUUUUAAAAUACAUGUUUCGAAUGGAGGUUUGGAACCGAGCUGGGCCACCAUGCGGGUGAGCGCCACACUCUCGCCGAGUUCAGCUCCCUGUCGCCGGCAGCAGUGAGACCCAACUUGGUUGUCAUAUUCUUCGACGUCAACUGCCAAUUUCAGUCUUCAAAAGGACGCUGCGGGUUCUAACAUCAAACGUGAAGGAGGAAAACCCCACAAAAAAAAAGACAGAAUCCCGUUUUUCAACACAGUUGGCUUACCUUCAUUCUGGACUACAAAUCAAUUCUGGACCAGGCCUGAGCGGAAACACUUGGGGACAGUUUUUGUUUUGGAAGACCUUAUUCUUGGUCAAACUAAAUCCACGUCAUAUAUUUCUUUCCACAUUUCCCACCACUUUCUCUUCUUGUGUUUGGAACCUCCCUUUUUCCUUCUCCCUGUGGGAAGAUGGGUUGUUUGGGCAACAGUAAGACUGAAGACCAGAGAAAUGAGGAGAAGGCCCAGAGAGAAGCGAAUAAAAAGAUAGAAAAGCAGCUCCAAAAGGACAAACAAAUCUACAGAGCAACACACAGACUAUUGCUUUUAGGAGCUGGUGAGUCAGGAAAGAGCACAAUAGUGAAACAGAUGAGGAUCCUCCAUGUCAAUGGCUUCAAUGCAGAAGAGAAGAAGCAAAAAAUCCAGGACAUCAAAAAUAAUAUCAAAGAGGCCAUUGAGACCAUAGUCACCGCCAUGAGCACCCUGACACCUCCAGUGCAGUUGGCCUCUCCAGGAAACCAGUAUCGCAUCGAAUACAUCCUCAACCUCGUCAACCAGAAGGACUUUGAGUUUCCGUCUGAGUUUUACGACCAUGCAAAAACACUGUGGCAGGACGAUGGCGUCAAGGUGUGCUACGAGAGAUCCAAUGAGUACCAGCUCAUUGACUGCGCACAAUACUUUCUAGACAAGAUCGAUAUCGUGAAGCAGGGCGACUACACGCCGACAGAUCAGGAUUUGCUGCGAUGCAGAGUCCUAACUUCAGGGAUCUUCGAGACAAGAUUCCAAGUGGACAAAGUUAAUUUUCACAUGUUUGACGUCGGCGGUCAACGAGAUGAACGCAGGAAGUGGAUCCAGUGCUUUAAUGACGUGACGGCCAUCAUCUUCGUGGUGGCCAGUAGCAGCUACAACAUGGUGAUACGAGAGGACAAUCACACCAACCGUUUACAGGAGGCCCUCAACCUCUUCAAGAAUAUCUGGAAUAACAGGUGGCUGCGGACCAUUUCUGUCAUCUUGUUCCUAAACAAGCAGGACCUCCUCGCAGAGAAAGUGCUGGCAGGAAAGUCCAAAAUCGAGGAAUACUUUCCAGAAUUUGCUCGCUACACUACACCUGACGAUGGUGAGAUGGUAUUUUUAAUAGCGUUUGCAUUGUUUUCACGUUUUAACGUUUUGUUUUUUUUCACUCUUGCAGCAACACCAGAGCCUGGAGAAGAUCCUCGUGUCACAAGGGCAAAGUAUUUCAUUAGAGAUGAAUUCCUGAGGAUCAGCACAGCAAGCGGGGACGGGCGCCACUACUGCUACCCACACUUCACCUGCGCCGUUGACACGGAAAACAUCCGCCGCGUCUUCAACGACUGUCGGGACAUCAUCCAGAGGAUGCACCUGCGGCAGUACGAGCUCUUGUGAUGGGACGAGAAAAAGAGGUUUUUGGCCCCAAAAAGAAAAAGAAACACAAAAAAAAAAAAGAACAAACUUGGGAACAGUCUUUGAACUUUUCCACAGACAUGCCAAAAAGACACUUGGAGACACACACACACACA